UUCUUUCCAACUCUUCAACAUCUUUUCUCCAAGAUGAAGUUCGCACUUGCCUCCACGUUCCUAGCCUCUGCGACACUGGCGGUCGCCAAAAAUGCAACAGCGACUCCCGGGAACAGUCCUCGAUACGAUUACAUUAUCGUGGGCGGAGGAACAUCAGGUCUUGUCGUCGCCAACCGCCUUUCCGAAGACUGCAAUGUCACUGUCGCAGUGAUUGAAGCUGGAGAUGUGGAACUCUAUAACCCCAAUGUGACGGAUACCUCGAGAUACGGCAAUGCCCUGGGAACGGCUAUCGACUGGCAGUACAAGAGUAUUCCCCAGAAAUUCGCUGGAGGGGCUCCUCAGGGGUUGAGUGCCGGAAAGGCUCUGGGAGGAACGAGCGAUAUCAAUGGUAUGACUUAUCUCAGAGCAGAAACUGCACAGAUCGACCUCUGGGAGCAGGUUGGCAACGAUGGCUGGAACUGGAACAGCUUGAUGGAGUACUACAAGAAGAGUGAGCAUAUGCAGCCCCCGACCGCGGGCCAGAUGCUCCUCGGUGCCUCAUAUGAACCAGAAAGCCAUGGCACGUCCGGCCCAUUGGAAGUUGGGUGGACCAAGAGCAUGAUGGGUCGGGAGGUCGUGGGUCCUCUCAACGAGACAUUCACGGCGUUGGGUCUACCAUUCAACAAGGAGCCCAAUGCUGGAUCGAUGCGUGGUUUCAACGUGUUCCCCAAGUCUGUUGAUAGGGCUCGUAAUGUGAGGGAAGAUUCGGGACGUGCUUAUUACUGGCCCAUCUCGGAGCGCCCCAACCUCGAUCUCUACUUGAACACGUUCGCCGAGCGGAUGGUUUGGCACCCUGCCUCUAAUGAACCAGGCGCGAAGCCAAAAGCAAGCGGAGUAGUCGUUAUGACUGCCAAUGGCACGUGUACCACAAUUUAUGCCAACCGCGAAGUUAUCCUCUCGGCUGGCAGUCUCCGAUCCCCUCUGAUUUUGGAACAAUCUGGCAUUGGCAAUCCAGCUAUCCUGAAAAAGCACGGAAUCGACGUGGUGGUCGACUCACCGUUCGUAGGCGAAAACCUACAGGACCAGACAACCACCGACAUGAGCUACACGAUGAGCAACAGCACCAACCUCACCGGACUAGCCGGCUACGCAGCCUACUUCAACGUCGAAGACGUCUUCGGCAGCGACCUGUCCUCGUUCAACGCCAGCAUCGCACGCUCGAUCCGCAACUACGCCGAAAGAACCGCAAACGCCAGCGGCACCAUCUCCGUCUCCGCCACCGAGAAGUUCUUCCAGAUGCAGUACGACCUCAUCUUCAAGAACAAGAUCCCCAUCUCCGAAAUCAUCAUUGCGCCUGCGGCGGCAACAAAGAGCCUUACAGUCGAGUAUUGGGGCCUUUUGCCUUUCUCCCGUGGCAGCAUUCACAUCAAUUCUUCAAACGCCUCUGCACCUGCCACCAUCGAUCCAAACUACUUCAUGUUGGACUACGACAUCCAGCAACAGCUCCGUACAGGAAGAAUGGCCCGUGCCGUCGCAAACACUGCGCCUUUCUCGGACCUCGUCGUCGAUGAAGUGACGCCUGGACUCAGCACCGUGUCGGCCAACGCAUCCGACGCCGAGUGGGCCGAAUGGCUCAAGUCUACUUAUCGCUCCAACUUCCACUACAUCGCCACCGCAGCAAUGAUGUCGCAGGAACUCGGCGGUGUGGUAGACUCUAACCUCACUGUCUACGGCACCGGGAACGUACGCGUUGUAGAUGCUUCAGUGGUUCCGUUCCAAGUGUGUGGGCAUUUGACGUCGACGCUAUAUGCUAUUGCGGAGAAAGCGGCGGAUAUGAUCAAGGCGAAGUAUGCUUGAGUAUGAGCAAGUGUGCGCAUUUUUUCACGCGCGUUGUACCAUAUGGGGUUUCUUGUUUUCCUGCGCCAUGUAUAUAUGAACCUAAUCGAGAAUUUUAAUAUUUGAAUCUUAUGAACAGCGAAGGUUCUAUUCUGGUCUGCACAGUCGAUUCCACCUAAUCCAUCCAUUCACACACACUCACCCCUCAACAAAGCAUCACCAGAAAAAUCUUCCCUAGUCUCGCCCUUGUGUAAAAAAAUUAAGAAUACAAUAGAAAAGCAGGGAAUCCUUUCACCAAUUUAUUCGCGAAACAGUAAACCCACGUCAGAAAGACAAUAUCGUCAACCACCGCAAACAAUCAACCAUCCUGCGUGGAAUUCACCACCACGGCCACCACCACUCCUCAUCCACCCCUAUAAAAACCAGAACAAAAAAAGGCGAUUGAAAAACGGC